AUGGUGAACUUCCCUGGCAGUCCAGUAGAUAAGACUCUGCGCUUCCAAGGAGACCUGAGCGGCGAUCAGCUGGCAGAGGAAAUGAUUCAUCUGCAGAGUCCCAGCCCUACCAAUUCAGAGCAGAGUCGAUUUGAAGAUGAGAUGAAUGGCAGGAUUGCAGCAAUCGUUGCAUAUGGAUUAUAUAAAUUGAAGAGCAGGGGCAAUACUAAAGUGUCUAUUCACCUGAUCCACAUGCGCGAGGCAGUCCAAGGCUUUGUUGUGGGAGCAAUGACUCUGGGUAAGGGCUAUUCCAUGUAUCGAGAAUUCUGGGCAAAACCUAAACCUUAGAAGAGGAGAUGCUGUCUUGGUCUUGGUGGUACUUGCUUUAGU